AUGCCGCUGCUUGAAGAACGACACGACCUUUCGCUGCGGCAGAAGCUGCAAGCAACGAUCCCUACAAGACACCCACGCUUCUAUAGUUCGGAAGAAAGGCGUAAAAUGGAGCGGUAUGAGUCCGUUGACACGUUCGAGCCGGCAACAACAGUAUACAAGGACCAUCUUGCAGGUCGCAGUCAGGAACCGCGUUGGUUCAUAUGGGUGUUCGUUGUUGUAAUUGGUAUUGCUGUUAGUUUUACAGCCAUAGUAGUUGUGGCGUUGUUACACGUGUUUGCAAGCGUGCGUUACGAGCUUCUAGGUUAUGGGCUUAAUAAUUUCUCAUUUUACAACCCAAACCGCUAUCCCGAGCGCUCUCCGGACCAUGCGGAGUUGGACUUCACCGCUAUGUUCGAGGGUGUUGGCGUUGGUUUGUACGGCAUUAGCCCGCGUUCCUACAUGAAAGGGUACCUGAUGUGGGUGUCUUUCAGCUUUGUCACAUCGCUUAUUUCAAGCGUUAUUUGUAUUUGCGUUCCUGGGAGUGUUGGGGCAGGUAUGCCAGAGGUUAUGGCGUAUUUAAAUGGUGUUGAUUACCCCAUGUUGGGAAGUUUUGGCGUUUUGCUUGCGAAGAUCGCCUCCGUUGUUUUUAGUGUGGCAAGUGGCGUUUGUACCGGCCAUUGUGGUACGUUAAUGCUAACUGGAGCCAUGGUGGGGGCGCAGACGCUUCAGAGACGGCGUUGGAUACAGAUCGAACACGUAAAUAUUAUUGAGUGCUUCAGGAAUCCCCGUGAUCGUCGGACAAUUGUAGUAAUCGGUGCCGCGGCGGGCAUUGCAUCUGCGUUUAAUGUUUCGAUUGGGGGUCUCAUGGUCGUGGUGGAGUUAAUUUCCACUACCAUACCAGUCCGCUUCGCUCUUUACGUAUUUGCUGCGUCACUGGUUUCUUCGUUGUUUAUUCAAGUUUAUUUUUCGCACUUUUUGUAUUUUGCUGGGCGCGACCGUACCGGGUAUUCAUCAGGAGAACUAAUAUCGGAACUGGUUCAGGUGUUCGCGUCAACUAUUCCUUUUGAGCAGAUUGUGAGAAUGCAUAUAUUAUAUUUCAUUCCAACUGUUGUUAUUGGUUUUAUUUGUGGUGCGCUGUCCGGUGUCUAUGUCCGGCUGAGUUGGUUCGCGCUUGUGGUACGGCGGCACUUGGAACAACGCUUCAAAGUGAGAGCCUUCCGCGCGUUGUUACCGGUUGCCUUCACCGUUGCUUAUGUUAGUUUGCACUACUGGAUGGUUGUUGCCUUUGGGAGUGCCGGCUGGUCACCCCCCUCGUCGGCGCUGAAUCCAACCGAUAACACGACAGCUGGAGGUUUAACAACGCUGCGGUGGGGAAACUCAUCAGCGGUGUCUCCCCACUUUGUUGAUACUCAGAGCGGGCCUUGCGUUGCCGUGCCCCAAACGUUGUCUGAUUCGCGUGACGUGUCGGUCAUAUCGUUCUACGGUGCUAACGGCUUCUUCUGUGCGGCACCAAACAAUACAGUGAUCCCCGUUACUGCAACCGUGCAUGAACAACAGGUCUGGAUUGUACUGCAUUCCUAUGCUUCUCUUGCUUUCGCCAACGCAGACUCAGCGCUGCAGACGCUUCUCAGUCUGCGGACAGAGACAAUGCUCUCUCUCCCUGUUCUAAUGAUAUUUCUGCUGAUUUACUACACGUCUUCCGCAAUUUUCCUUGGAAUAUCGCCGUGUGGGGACACUGUGUUUCCCACACUCGUUGUUGGUGCCACCGUUGGCCGUAUUGUUGGUCUUGUGGUGUUCCUCAUUGUUAGCCCCGGUAGUCGGUCCUCGUGGGCCGAUCCGGGCAUUUUUGCUCUUAUCGGUGCGGGUAGUUUUGUGGGUGGCACAACGGGACUUGCGUUUUCCAUCUGUACCAUCCUGAUGGAAAGCACAGGACAGUUUCAACACAUGUUGCCACUCAUGGUGGGUAUCAUGAUUGCUAAGAAAACAGCGGAGAUCUUCACGCAUAAUAUCAAUGCUGUUCUCUUAGAGGCGCGUUGUGUGCCUAUGUUGAAUUAUAUGAAUGUGGUGGAGAAGUAUCCCAUGUUCGACGCUCGCCACGUUAUGUCCUCUAAAGUGGUUGUGUUGGAGACGGUAACUCCCAUUGGUCGCGUGGUGGACGUGCUGGAAAACACCCGCCACAACGCUUUUCCUAUUGAAAGCGUUAGGGAUCAGACGUACAAGGGGGUUGUGAUGCGAAGGCAGUUGGAGAUCGUUUUGUGGCACUUAUAUUACUCGCAUCACCUUUCGACUUGUUCGUAUGAGUGCGGGAAGCGUGUUGAGGCAUCCCUGUAUCGGGAUAACCUGCAUGGUGUGCUUCCUCCUCUGGAAAAGUGGUUAGAUGCGCAGUUGGAUCUCUCUCCAUAUAUUGACUAUUCGGGGUUUUGCGUGCUCGCCACCGCUACACUCCCGCGUACGUAUCAAAUGUUCCUAACCCUUGGGCUUCGUCAUCUGACCGUCGUGGACAGCGGAAACCGGAUCGUUGGAAUCAUCACACGGAAAGAUCUUAUGGCCGAUCGGAUCAUUGAGUCAAUAAUCCGAACUGACAGAAGGCGACGGAGAAUCCAGGGGUCGAGAAAACAUUCCACAAACACCGGGUCAAGUGAUGUUGCAGAUGUUGAGGUUGCCGGUGGGGAGGAGUCGAGUGAAGUUGCGUCCGGAAGGUCAGCGAGCGGGUGGGAAGCUGCGUUGAAAUAUGAAUUUUACCGCUCUGGUGAGUGGUGUGUGAGUGAUGAGGAAGAUAGGGUGUCGGAGAACAAUUCCAUUAGAGAAGAACCCGGCGGGACUUGGAAACCCGAUGCUACUUUCUAA